AUGUUUAAUACAAAUAAUCAUACAGGGAGUCAACUUACUCCCUCUAAUACGAAUGGUCAAUUUAAUCAUUCACAAUUACAUGGACAACAUUCUGCAUCAUCAUCUUCAAAUAUUCCUCAAAAUAAUUCUCAAUCUACAAAUCUACCUCCUGGUUUAAAUCAUACAGGAUCUUUUGGUAACCAGCAGUCUCAACCACAACCACACCAGCAGCAGCAGCAGCAGCAGCAACAACCACAACAACAACAUCAUUCACAUCAACAGAAUCAAUUUAGUCAGCAGAACUUCCAACACCCUCCAAACCAACAAUCACUGCAUUCUCAUUCUCAUAUUCCAACUUCACCAACAACUGGCAUUCUCAAAAUCACAAAUUUCCCAAGAGAUUUAACAAGAAGAGAAGCUACUUUAAUAUUUGCAUUAGUUAUAGAUGAAAUAUUAAGUAUAGAUGUAAAUGAAUAUCAAAUAAUUGCAUUAUUUAAAAAUAUAAAUACUUGUAUUACUACUGGGAAAUUAUUAGAUGGACAACAAAUAUUUGGUCAUGAAUAUGCUCCAAUAAAAGUUGAAUUUGAUAAUAAUAAUAAUAAUCUUUCAGCAAUUACUUCACCAACUAAUUUUGCACAAACUCAAGCAGCUUUUAAUUCAUUAAGUAUAUCUCCAACCGUUAAUAAUAUAUCACCACCAAAUAGAUUAAAUCCACCACCAUUAUCUCAACAUCAAUUACCUGCUCAACAAAGUGCUCCUGGACCAAAUACAAGUAAUAGUAAUCCAAUUGCUCCUUUUGAUGUAUUACAAAAAAGACAAUCUGUGCAUAAUCCAAGAUCAAGAUUUAUUUUCAGUGAUCCAUUUCAACUGGAUCAACAUCAAAUACUGCAACAAUCACAACAACCAUCAAAUCAACCAAAUUCAGCACCAUCAUUGCCUCAACAACAUCACCAACAAAAUCCGAAAUCGUAUUCAAAUCAAUCACACUCACAAUCAAAUAAUAAUAAUAAUGAUUCACAACAAAUUACUAAAUCAGGAUCUAAUCCUAUUGAUUAUUCAGAAAUGACAGGUAAAUCAAUAUUACUAAUGGAAUCACAAAAUGAUGCAAGAGAUUAUGAAAAUUUAGUAAGAGAUCCAUGGAUGCCCAAUCCAAUUUUACAAAAUCCAACUUCAAACAAUGCUGUUGUUGAUUCAAAUAAUCAAAGUCCAAGUCUUUUAUCAAAUCCAGAUUGGAAUUCAAAUCAAUUAAUUUCUCAUACUUUAAAUUCUAAUGGUUCUUUAAAUAAUGGUGGUGGUUCUAAUUUUGUUUUACAACAACCACCUGAUCGUAGAAGAACAUCAUCUGCAUUUUUCAAUCCUCAACAACCACAGCAACCACCUAAUUCGCAAAAUAAUCCACAACAACAACAACAACAGCAACAACAAAUUCCAUUUAAUAAUACUAUCCCAACCCCCAAUUCAAAUCUAAGAUCAUCAUUAUCUCAACCAUCAUCAUCACAAAUUGCUGGUCAAUAUCCUCAACAGAUACCUAAUAAAAGAACAUCAUCACCAUCUCAAUUAAAUGUAAAUGUAAAUAUAAAUGCAAGUCCAACAACAAAAUUCAAUCAACAACAACCAUUAUCAGCAUCAGGAUCAUCAUCAACUACGACAUCAACAUCUCAACAACAACAACAUCAACAAAAAGAUAUACCAGAUUUAUCAUUAUUAGCAAGAGUUCCUCCACCAGCAAAUCCAGCUGAUCAAAAUCCUCCUUGUAAUACAUUAUAUGUUGGAAAUUUACCACCAGAUGCAACUGAACAAGAAUUACGUACUUUAUUUGUUCCUCAAAAGGGAUUUAGAAGAUUAUCAUUUAGAACUAAAAAUCAACCUAUUUCUCAAUUAAAUGGAUCAUCUAAUGGAGGAUCUUUAGCAUCUAAUACCUCUUCGUCAUCAACAACGAAUCCAACAAACAAUGUAUCAUUAAAUCAUAAUCAUGGACCAAUGUGUUUUGUUGAAUUUGAAGAUGUAGCUCAUGCGACAAGAGCAUUAGCUGAAUUAUAUGGUAGAGCAUUACCAAGAAAUAAUAAUGGCACCAAUGGUACAUCCAAUAAUGGUUCAACUAAUAAUGGUAAUAAUACUACUUCUACAAAUUUACAUAGUGGAAAAGGAGGAAUUAGAUUAUCUUUUUCUAAAAAUCCUUUAGGUGUUAGAGGACCAAGUAGAAAAUAUUAA